UUCCUGCAUAUUCAUUGCGUUUACGUCAAUGUCUACAUACUAGAUAAAAUGAAUGACGAUGCGUCCUAAAGGUUACCAAGAGAGUAGGUAUCUAGGUAUGUGUGGAAAUAAAAGAACGAUAUCUGUAUUGGGUAUAUAACUGACUGUGGAACUACGUUGAAUAGUUUUAUGUUUAUCAUGGCUGUUUAAAAUUAAACAAAAAAUUGAAAAAUGAAGAAAAUGAUUUGAUCAUUUCAUUCUUUAAGAAUUUGUAGAAUACGUCUCAUUAUGAUAAUAUUAACGAUUUAUGAAAAUAAUGGAUGCCUUCCCACUCCACGUUUUAUUCAGGUCCGCCCCGGCAGGUAAUCAAUAAUUAUAAACGAUACCUUCAAACGUCACGGAGACAGGAUACAAACACGGAAUGGUCAAUAAAUUAUUGAUGUAUCUGUAACACUGCUGAAUUUAGAACUGAAAAUGGAAAAUAUCUUAGCAUUAGUCUUUUCGGUUCUAAUCAACUACAUUCUGGCUGGAGAGACCUGCUACUUUAGGAAGACAUACUAUCUAUCCUAUUCGAAGGGAAUAAAGUACUGCUACUCCUCCUGCUGUGGUUCAUAUUACAACCGCUACUGUUGUUACAAAACCAGUGGCGGUACUAUUGCGGGUGCCGUGGUAGGAGCCCUGGUUUGUUUGGCCGUCAUAGCUGGAGUGGUGAUUUGUAUCGUCAUGAAGAAGAAGAGAUCGGCAGGCGCCAUUAUUACGCCAUUCCAAAACAACACCACUGGUGUCACCAUAGUACAUUCCAACACGCAGAACCAGUGCAGUAGCAAUGUCCCACCGAUUCAAGCAUACCCUCCUCCCAUCCAAGGCUACAACCAACCUCCACCCCCUCCUAUGUACCAACAACACUACGGACACCCACAAUACCCACCCCCUCAAUAUCCGAUGACAAUUGGCGGCGGUAUUAAUCCUGCUUACCCACCAAGUACCAGGAACCCGAUGUGAAGACGAACAUUCCACAACAGCAAACGGCAUAACUAUGUAUUUUCUUAAUUUUCCUAUUGAAAUGUUUUUGGUAUCCAGUUCUGAUAUUUUGUGAAGGAUGAAAAGUAUAUAUUUUUAUUUGAAAAGUUUUGAAACCCUCUUGUAGUCGUCAUAUAUAUCUGUGAUACAACAUGCAGAUGAUUGUACUCUUCCUCUUAAAGAUGAAACCUCUCUAGAACAUUCUUUAAAAGUCAUAGCAAAAUUCAGCAAUGUUUCGGUAUGUAUUUAAAUAUGUCAAAAACAGAAUGUAUAUUAACGGGUCCUCACAAAUAUCAUUAUAAACAAAUUAGAAAUGUUAACGUAAACAAUGAUAGCAUAAAAACUCUUGGAAUUUAUAUAGGACACAACAAAGAAAUAUGUUAUAAAAACAAUUGGACAAAAAUUGUAGAUGACUUAGAAAAACUGUUUGAAUCAUGGAAAAAAAGAAAACUAACCAUUUUUGGUAAAGUUUGUGUCAUCAAUAGCCUAGCAAUAUCAAAGAUUAUAUAUGUUGGAUCAGUUCUGAGCUUUCCAAAUGAAGAAGUAAUUAAGAAAUUUCAAAGUCUGUUAUAUAACUAUAUAUGGAACAAAAGAGAUAGAAUUAAAAGAAAUACACAGACUGGAAAUGUCCUAAAGGGAGGCAUUGGAAUUGUCGAUGUAUCUUUGAAAUUAAAAUCCAUAAAAGUAUCUUGGAUAAACAGGAUUUCAAGCGAGAGAAACUCUCUAUUCUUUUUUGUAGAUAGUUUGUGCAAAGAAAGAGACUUUGAUUUUGAAUAUCUAUGUAAAACAAAUAUUACGAAAUCAAAUGAUUAUCAAAUAAUGGAACAUUUUCCUCUAUUCUACAAGGAAAUGCUUGUAUUUUUCAACGAAUGUAAAAAAUAAAAUAAAAAACAAUUUUAUCUGAAUGCAUUAUUGAAAGAACCGUUGUGGUGUAAUAAAAAUUUUAUGUACAAAAACAAAAACAAGCCAAUAUUUUUUCAUAAUUGGCUGAGGAGCGGUUUUAAAUAUUUGAAUGAUAUUGUAAAUGAAAAUGGCAUAAAACCUUUGGAAUGGUUUGAUGACAAACUUAUAUGUAAAAAAAACUGGAUGUGUGAAUAUAUGAUUAUAAAAACAGUUAUAACAAAAACCUUCAAAAGUUAUGAAUUUUCAAAUAUACGAUACGAAAACAUUUUUCAUGGGAAUACAUCAUACGAUUUAUUAUGUAAAGGACAUGUUAAGUGUGUGAUAUCAAUUCAAAGUUGAUUUACGAAAUUCUUUGCCAUGAAAAAUUUAUACCUCCAUUACACCAAGCAUAUUACGGAAAGGUUUUUGAAAUAACAAAAACGGCUUGGAAAUCUAUUUAUAAACAAAAAAUCUUAUCCAUAAGAGACAGAAGUAUAUCAGAAUUUAAUUAUAAAUUGUUAAAUAAUCUAUUGUGUAACAGAGAAUUGCUGAAGAAAUGGAAGAUAGUAGAAAAUAAUUUUUGUGUCUUUUGCAGAGAUGCUAAAGAAAACAAUGAACAUCUUAUCUUAAAAUGUAAAAAUGUUUCUCAUAUAUGGGACAUUGUUAAACAAAUUUUAAAAUUUGAUAUAUCGUGGAAAACAAUUGUGAUAGGAUUUUACUAUGAAAACAAUGAAAAGACACUCUUUUUGAAUAGCAUAAUAUCUCUUAUUGCCUGUAAAAUAUACAAGUAUAAAAUGUAUUGUAGAUUAGAUAACAAAGACGAAAAACCUCAAGAAAUAUGUAAUCACAUAAAAAGUAAAUUGAAUUUUUAUACAGAAGUGUACACAAAAAUUCAGGAUAAAAAAUAUGCUAAAGUUAUGAAAGCAAUUGUAAUUUAUACACCUUUGACUUUUUAUAAUAUGAAACCUCUGACAAAUAUCUGUCUAUGCACAUUUUUAACUAUGCUUCAAUGUGAGUUUAUUUUGAACAAUUUGAAUUGAUUACAAACAACUAUAUUUCUAUAUCAAAUAAAAUUUUGUAAUAAACCUUUUAUAUACUGGUAUUUUGCAAAAAGUUCCCACUAUGAGGAGGGGUCCUGUCCUCCUAUAGUGCUGCCAUGGGGGUUGUGAUAUGAACUUUUGAAUUGUUAACCCCGCAUAUGGCAGUUUCAGGUUCUUUAUGUACAUAAUUAUAUUGUUGUGUUGUUGGUUUUUCCGUAAAAAUAAGAACCUUUUUUGCCAUAACAUGUUAAUAAAUUUUGUUAUAUAACAGUA